AUGCCGGAUUUUUUUUUUUUUUUCAAACUUCAUUUUGUAAACAAACCUUUGAAAUCAAGAAAGACGCGAUAUAUAAUUAUUUACUUCUAUAUUGAUUUUACAAACAAACCACUACAAGAUACCAUGCCGGGAGAAACUAUAACUUUACAAGUGGGUCAAUGUGGGAAUCAAGUAGGAUUACAAUAUUGGCAACAAUUAUCUUUAGAACAUGGAAUAAAUUCAGAUGGAUCAUCUAAUCCAUAUCCAAUAAAUACCAAUAAUAAAUUUCAAUUUCAGAAUUUAACAAGCACUUCAAAUAAUAAUGAAAGUUCUACCAAAUAUCGAGAUGAUCAUCCUGAAUUAUUUUUUACCUUGAGUGAUUCUAAUAGAUAUACACCAAGAUCUAUAUUGAUAGAUAUGGAACCUUCAGUUAUUGGCAAAAGUACAUCAACUUUACCCAUGUUUAAUCCAAGAAAUGUGCAUCUCAGUGAACAAGGUAAUAGUGCUGCUAAUAAUUGGAUAAAUGGAUAUAAAUAUGGUACUGAAGAAGAAGAAGCAUUGAUUAAUUUAAUUGAUAGAGAAGCUGAUAAAUGUAACAAUUUAUCUAAUUUUCAAUUAUUUCAUAGUGUUGCUGGAGGAACAGGUUCUGGUGUUGGAAGUAAAAUAUUGGAAUUAAUAAGUGAUCGAUAUGGACAUAAGAAAUUGUUGAAUACUUUUUCGAUUUUCCCUUCAAAUGAAGAUACUUCCGAUGUGGUGGUACAACCAUAUAAUACUAUUUUAACUUUGAAAAGAUUAAUUGAUUACAGUGAUGCCACAUUUAUUUACCAUAAUGAUUCAUUAAACAGAAUUGAAAAUUUAUUGUUUAAUAAUAAUAUGCAACUGAAUAACAAUAACAAUGAUGAUUUAUUUCUUGGUGCUAAUAAACUCAUUGCAAGUGUGACAGCGUCAUUAUCCAAUCCAUUGAGAUUCCCAGGAUAUAUGUAUAGUUCAAUUGAAUCCAUCAUUUCAAAUUUGGUACCUACUCCAGAUUUGAAAUUUUUAACAAGUGCAAUUGCUCCAUUUAGCUCACAGAAACACAAUUACAUUAAUGAAUAUGACAUGAUUUUGGAAUUAUCUAAUGAUAGAUACAAGACAAACCGUGUUAGUAAUGAAACAAAUUAUAUAACCAUGUUGAAUUAUUUAAUUGGUGAUAAUCUAGAUCAAAGAGAAAUUCGUAAAGGAAUAUUGAAAUCACAACAAAGAACACCAUUUGUUCCGUGGGCUGCUAGAUCAGUUCAAGUGGUACAUGGUAAGAAAUCUCCUUUUAUAAAGUCAAGUAAUAAUCUAGACGGGGUACAAAUUACAAAUAAUACGUCAAUUAUCGAAGUUUUUACAAAAAUCUUGAAGCAAUAUGAUUUGUUGAUUAAAAGAAAAGCAUAUUUGAAUAGAUAUUACUCGAGUUUAGAGGAAGAAAAUGAAGUUAUGGAAUUGUUUAGUCAAUCAAGAGAGGCAGUUAAAUCCAUCGUCGAAGAAUAUAAGGCCUGUAAAGAAUUGAAUUAUUUGGAUGAUGAAGAUGACGACGACGGAGACUUUGGUAUUAGUGGUGGUGCUGACAACGACGCAAUUACUCAAGAUCAAGAUAUGGAUAUAUAG